GUGCGAUUGGUAAGAUUUUGCCUCCAUCAAUCGGAAGAAAAUCCGAAUAAACAAAUAAAUUUGGGCCUCUCCGGUGCAACCUCACACAUUCGACAUUCCAGUAGGCUCAACCCAGCUGUUUCUGGCCAUGGCUAGUGCGACGUGGCUCCACACAAUUUCUUUAUCUCGCGCUCUCCGUCCCCCAUCCACCUUCUCCUACGCGAACGGAUCCUCCUUGUCUCCACUAGGUCCUGUCCACGCGCAAGCCAAGCGAGGCUCUGCAUUGAAAGACGAGGACGUAGCUUCUCGUAAGCACACGCUUCAGCGCUUCUCUCAACCUUCGCGCGACGAUCUUCGCUUUGAAGCGCCGCUCAAAAUAGUGGAAUAUCCAGACCCUGUACUGAGAGCGAAGAACAAGCGAAUCGAUUCUUUCGAUGAUAAUUUGAAGAAGCUCGUCGACGAAAUGUUCGACGUAAUGUACAAAACUGAUGGUAUUGGGCUCGCAGCACCCCAAGUAGGAAUUAAUGUUCGACUCAUGGUGUUUAAUCCUGUCGGGGAACGUGGUGAGGGGGAGGAAAUUGUUCUUGUAAAUCCAAGAGUAAAUAAAUAUUCAAAGAAAGUGGUGCUUUUUAAUGAAGGUUGCCUAUCCUUCCCAAGGAUUUUUGCUGAUGUCAAGAGACCAGAAUCUGUAAAGAUUGAUGCACAGGACAUUAAAGGUGCAAAGUUUUCAGUCAAUUUGUCAGGUCUUCCUGCACGGGUUUUCCAGCAUGAGUAUGACCAUUUGCAGGGUGUUCUAUUCUUUGAUAGAAUGACUGAUGAAGUUCUCGAGAGUUUUCGGGCAGAGUUACAGGCACUAGAAAAGAAGUAUGAGGGUAGGACAGGAUUGGCAAGCCCUGAAAGAAUUGAAACCUACAAAAGGAAGAAGGUUGCUGCUGGUUUUGGAAAAUCAUGAACAUGCCGGAUUCCUUAGACACUUCAGACUGACAUUUGAAACACAGGCUCUGGUGUUAUCCAUUCGCAGCGUGCUGAAUCGUUGAUGCUGCUCCCAUGCCCAGAUGCACAACUGACGUUAUGCAUGUAUAUGUUGGAGCAUCCAGUUUGUAUGGAUAAACGAGAUCUCCUGCAUAAUGCGGUUCGCAUCGCAUAUAGAUAAAUAGACAUUCAUGAUUUCGCUAUAAGAAAAACAAAUAUUUGUAACGGAUUAUUUACAACAAUAACGAUUAUUUGUAAUAAAAACAGAUUCAUUUUGACAAGAAAUAAUUAGUUUUGUUAGAAA